CUAUCGUGUCCGCAUCAUCUUCCGGAAGAAGGCACAGCAGCGAAGGCAGUCGAGGCCCGGCGACUCAGAGUGGUCCUUCAGGAAUGACUUCGUGAAGGGCACCACCUCCUUAAGAUCCUGAGCGCCCAGAUCUUCCAUUUUCGCGCCUCGCUCGAGCAGCUUCACAGCCACGUCUCCCGCGAUGACAGCCAUCACAGCGAGGACUUUCAGCUUCGUCUUUUCGAGGGCACGAUCGAGAGGCGUGUUUCCGUCCUGUCAGAGCCAUAAGCGGGGACAGUUCAGGAACGAGGGUCGAUAGAUGGCAGCCUACGUCGUUUUUUGUCUUCAAGAGCUGUGGGUCCACCCUCAACAUCCACUUCACGACAUCGGUAUGGCCCAAGCCUGCGGGAGAGACACGUUGAAGACUCAUGCACUUGUGUGGCUGUCACUUGCAGGAGUGACUGACCUACUGCCCAAUGAAGAGGCGUGUGGCCACCCUACAUCCACAGCAUGAAAGAGACACAUGCUGUUCAAUGCACAAGUCGAGAUUCCCUCGUCCUUACGUCGUCCCGGGCCUCCAGCAGUUCCUUUCCGCCCCACUCGACAAACUUCUCCACAACACCAACUGACCCCGUCUCUGCUGCGUAGUGAAGAGGCGUCCUGCCAAGCUGAAUCAGACACAAUGAAGAUACGAGUGAAGACAUCGAUCGGCUGAUGACAGAAUGAGUGUCAUUGCUGAGAACGAUACGUAGCCUUUCAGGUUGAGCAGGUGGCGUCGGUUGUCCAGCAGCACCUCAAACACCGCCACAUCCUUACACUCCCCUGAGAAGCACACACAGGGGGCACGCCAUCAUCUGUGUGUUGUGGUGCGACGAGGCGUACGUGCGGCGUCAUGGAUGGCAGACCCCCAAGUCCACUCUCCAGUCGUCAGCACUUUCUCGGUUUGCUCAGGCGACAGACCGUCGAGGGCCUUCCGCAGGUCCUCCGCAUCUGACUCUCGGAUGGCCUUCUUGAUGCUGUCUCUCAGUGCCAGUUGGGUCGGUUUCCCAUCGUCGGCGGCCGGGGCGCCCACCAAGGGGACCUGCAGAUGACGCACAGACGUCCGAGAGGCCUCAGACUCGACUGACACCAAUUCACCUGCUCGAGGCGUCUCGGUGCCUUGGUGAUGCCAUCGGUGACGUCGGGCAGCUGGGGCUCCAUCAGCCCUUGGCCAUCGUCCAGCAGCAGAGGAAUGUGCUCACUCGAGGCCGACGCCAUCUGCAGUGGACAGACGGACACAGACACCACUCCUCAGAGGCAGCCGCUGGCCACUGUGCAACGAGGGCAUUGCAGGGUGACCUUGGGAUGGUCUGUCUGUAUGUGGUGGAUGGCCUGCUGUGCGGCAGCGUCGCCCUCGUCGACCCUCGGCAGCUGGAUGUAGCACGCCUCAUCAACACCACUGGGGCGUCUGUGGCCGUCUCUCACACUGCCGCCCUCCUGGCCCUGCACACGGGGGCUGCGGUGCGUGCGCAACAAAGCCAACAUCCCGCACUUGGCACGAAUCUGCUGAGACUCG